AUGGUUGCUACAAGUGUGGUUCGUCUUCGAAACAAAAUGAAAAAAGUUGUGUUUUUACUCUUGGUGACGUUAACUAUUUUGGCCAUCACGGAGGGCAAAUCCUGUGGCUCCCAUCAUUCACGAUGUAACGAGAAAGGGCGUAGGAAAUGUGCCGCCUCUAGCUCAUCAUCAUCAUCAGAAUCAAAUUCAUCCGAAGAUGAAUCUUGCGAAGAAACUAGAAGAAAUGAUUCAUCGUCGUCUUCGUCGUCGUCAUCAUCAUCUUCUAGCUCAUCAUCAUCUGAAGAACAUAGCAAAGACAAUGAAAUUGUCGGUAUAGAUAUGUGCAGAAAUCUAUUGGUGUUUAGCAAGAAAUGGAAGCAUUUGAAUACUAAGCACAGGUGUGCAGUUCGAGACCAAAAUCAAAUUUAUGAUGUCCAAGUUUAA